AUGGAGGAGGAUAUUGUUUCCGAACUCAAUGUCCCCAAAAACGCAACCUUUGAUGCUGGUCUCCUGGACGAGGUCUACAACCUUUCGUUGCGCGCAGUCAAUCCUGUCGAUGUAAACAUCAAGAAUCUCUCUCUCGACAUUGACGCAUCUUCUCCAAUAUGGGGAACAUCACCCGCUGAAAUCUGGCAGCGCCUCCGUGGCCACAAGAUCGAAGGCAGUUCGAAAAAUGUCCUUCAGGGGGUGAGUGCGAGCAUGCCGAGUGGCAGUUUGACAGCCAUUAUUGGGAGUAGUGGAUCGGGCAAAACAUCUCUCCUCAACUUGAUGGCUGGCCGUAUGUCCUUGUCCAGGGCAAAUAUGUCGGGUACGACCACUUUCAACGGCAACACGAACAUUGAAAGUGUUCGCAGCGCCUAUGUUAUGCAAGAAGAUGUCUUGAUACCCACCCUGACAGUUCGGGAGACUUUACAAUACUCCGCCGAUCUUCGCUUACCACCGCCAACCACCAAAGAAGAGCGUCGUGCCAUUGUAGAACAGGUGAUUCUUGAGCUGGGGCUUAAGGAAUGUGCAAAUACACGAAUCGGAACAACAGCCCAUAAGGGAUGCAGCGGCGGAGAAAAGCGACGGACCAGUAUUGGAGUACAGCUACUUGCAAACCCAUCUGUAUUAUUUUGCGACGAACCAACGACGGGUCUCGAUGCAACCAGUGCUUUUCAGAUCAUCCGGACGUUAAAGCGUCUAGCACAAGAUGGGAGAACGGUUGUCGUCUCUAUCCACGCACCUCGCUCGGAAAUUUGGAGUCUUUUCGACAAUGUAAUCCUUUUGGCGCGAGGUUCCCCGCUCUAUAGCGGGCCUGUGGCAGAUUCGGUGUCUCAUUUCGAGCAGUGCGGUUACGUUCUUCCUCCUUUUGUGAACCCUGCCGAAUACCUCAUCGAUUUGGCUGCUAUCGAUAAUCGAAGUGAAGCCCAGGAAACAGCGUCACAUUCCCGGGUUGACCAAUUACGGGAGACAUGGCGAUCUCGUUUUUUACAAACGUCGAGCGUUGAGAAUCCUGAAAAAGAAGACACCGAAAUGCCACCACUUGGCAGAGUCGAUACGGGAGGCAUGAAAACAGUAUCAUUUCGUCGACAGUUGCACGUGCUUACAUCGCGCACUUUCAAAACUACCAUUCGAGACCCAAUGGGUGUUGCUGGGAGUUUACUUGAGGCGGUUGGCAUGGCUGUCAUCUGUGGUUGGAUCUUCUUGCAGCUCGGUGAAGAUCUUGCGGGAAUACGCUCACGGCAGGGUAGCCUGUACACUGCUGCCAGCCUGAAUGGCUAUCUGAUUCUCUUGUACGAGACUUACCGGCUUACAAUCGACAUUCGUCUUUUCGAUCGGGAGCGCAACGAAGGAGUUGUUGGGGUUCCGGCAUUUUUGCUUAGUCGCAGACUUGCACGAUUUCCCCUAGAAGACUUACCUGUCCCACUUCUCUUCUCUAUAAUUUUCUAUUUCAUGGUCGGAUAUCGCCUGAAAGUGGCCCAAUUCUUUAUCUUCUUUGCCCUAGCACUUCUUACGCAUUACAUUGCUGUCACAUUUGCUGCGGUGUCGAUAGGUAUCGCAAGGAGCUUUCCAGGAGCUAGUCUUGUGGGCAACCUAUCGUUUACUCUGCAAUCUUUUGCCUGUGGAUACUUCGUGCAGUCGCAGCAGAUUCCGGUAUAUGUUCGAUGGUUGAAGUGGUGUGCUUAUACUUUUUACACUUUUGGAGCGCUCUGCGCAAAUGAGUUCAUUGGAACUGGAAGUUCGGAGCUCGGUCAGUUUUAUGACUGCCCAUAUUCCGACGACCCACUGGAUCCAGAGUGUAAAGAGUAUACUGGAACGUACAUUAUGGAGAGCCUGGGCAUGCCGUCCAAUUGGAUCUGGCGACCCAUUGUUGUCCUCGUGGCGUUUGCAUUCGGCCACUAUCUUGUGGCUGGCCUCUUGCUGCAGUAUAAUCGUUUUGCGAUUGAUAUUGCCCAGGCUCGAAAGUCAGAGGCAGAUCCAUCUGCUGGGAAAGCAAAGACUGCAAUUCGUCCCGCGGAAGAGGCGCGACAGCUAGCUAUAUCACUGGACAAGUACGCCUUGGAAAUUCAAAAGCGACGAUCUCCUUGGAGAGCUUCACAAAAACUUCAGAUUCUGCGACCGAUCACUGCUGAAUUUCGGCCAAGCGAAUUGAAUAUCAUCAUGGGACCAUCAGGCAGCGGAAAGACGUCGUUACUCAACUCUAUUGCCUGUCGACUUCAUGACUCGAUCGGAGAUAAGUACCGUGUCCACGGGCGCAUGCUGUAUGAUGGGGCCGAGCCAUCUGAAAACGUUAUCCGUUCAGUGAAUUCGUACGUGACCCAAGAUGACGAUGCUCUCAUGCCGUCCUUGACGGUCCGUGAGAGCCUUAGAUUUGCAGCAGGACUGCGGCUCCCGACGUGGAUGUCGCGUGACGAGAAGAAUCGUCGAGCCGAGGAGAUUCUUUACAAGAUGGGACUGAAAGAAUGCGCCGGCAAUCUCAUCGGAAGUGAACUUAUCAAAGGCAUAAGCGGUGGUGAAAAGCGUCGAGUCACCAUUGCCAUUCAGAUCCUUACAGAUCCAAAAGUGCUACUGCUGGAUGAACCAACAUCAGGGCUUGAUGCUUUUACAGCGAUGUCGAUAAUAGAAGUACUUCAGGGUCUUGCGGCCGAAGGUCGUACACUAGUCAUGACAAUUCAUCAGUCACGCUCUGAUCUCUUUGGUCAUUUCUCACAGGUACUGCUAUUGGCUCGCGGCGGUUAUCCAGUAUAUGCGGGACCUGGAAAGCAAAUGCUGGCUCAUUUUGCCACAUUGGGUCAUAAAUGCCCACGGUCGACCAACCCAGCCGACUUUGUUUUGGACCUGAUCACGGUCGACCUCCAGCAGGAAGAUCGUGAGAUCUUGACUCGCGAGCGAGUGCAGAAACUAAUCACUAACUGGACCAAUGCGACCCCCCAACUUGAGCGUACCUCAUCCAAAAUUGCAACCCCAGCUGAGCUAGGUAGUCUCCGCCGACAGAUGCUGCCGUUUCGCAUCACCUUCCCACUAGUUCUACAUCGAUCGUUCCUGAACUUUUGGCGCCAGCCACCGCUUGUGAUGGCUCGAUCAAUGCAGAUUGUCGGCAUUGCCAUUAUCAUGGCACUAUUCUUCGCGCCACUGAAAAAUGAUUACCCGGCGGUGCAGUCACGAAUGGGUUUCAUUCAAGAGUUUGCCGCGUUGUACUUCGUUGGUAUGCUUCAAAACAUCGCCAUCUAUCCGAACGAGCGCGACGUAUUUUAUCGCGAAGAGGCCGACAGAUGCUACUCAGCCGAGACUUUCAUCUUAUCCUACACGGCGAUUGAAGUACCAUUUGAAAUCAUAUCGGCGUUGGUGUUUGGAGUGCUGGCUGCCUUUGCGGAUAAUCUCAAACGCAGUGUCCAAAUGUUUCUUAUCAGUGCCUUUAACUGCUUCUGCAUCAUCAGCUGUGGCGAAUCUGUUGGAAUAGUGUUCUGUACGCUGUUUUCGCACGUGGGUUUCGCCGUUAACGUGACUUCGAUCUUACUAUCCAUCUCGACGAUUCUUGGCGGCGUUAUGAGUUUGAAUGUGAAUGACGUCUUGCAAGGCAUCAAUCACCUCUCUCCGAUUAAGUAUGCCAUUGCCAACCUUGCCCCUUACUCCCUGCAUGGGCAGCAUUUCGACUGUUCAGCUUCCCAGCAGCUUGCAAAUGGGCAGUGUCCCAUCGAAACUGGGGAGCAGGUGCUUUCUCUAUACAACCUUGACAAGAGCGGGCCAAUGAACAUCAUGGCACUUGGCGUGUGCACUAUCAUCUACCGAUUCGUCGCAUAUGCCUUUCUCAAGGUGAUGCGGUCGAAUCGGACAAUGGAGCGGUGGCGCGAAUGGUGGAAGUCCCGACAAAACAUUUCUUGA